UGCUGUUCCCCAGAGCAGCUUCAGAUAGCAUGUGGCUGUUUUGCUGCUGGGAGAUGAAUUCGGCAGUGUCUUGCAUUGGAUGUAACCACCUGGAUAUUUUUCUUCUCCCGUCCUCUGCUUGGAAAUCUAGGGACUGCAUCACAAUGACCACAUCGGAGGAGCAACCCGAGGUGUUGGAAGGCGAAGAAGCGGGUGACCAAUUUUCAGGGAAGAAAAAAUCCAAGUUUCAGACAUUUAAGAACUUCUUUGCCAAGAAAAAGAAGAGCAAAGAGCUGCCGUCUCCCACGGAGGAGAUGAAACUAAAGCUGAACCGGUCCAACAGUGAUAUCAGCUCUCCCAACCUGGACUCCAUCUUGCACCAUUUGCCUGCCGAUACUGACUCCAAUGGAAGUGUGGGAAACCAAGCCUUAUCGCACGACAGCACCUUGCUUUCCAAAGCAUUGUGUGAUGUGCCUGGGGAAGCAUCCGCACAGGAGGAUUUCCCUGGGAAGGCGAAAAAUUUCCAGUUGCAGCAAAAUCUCUGCCUUGAGUCACCCCUUGUAGUUAUUGCUGGCAAAAGGAUGGAAGAAGUGGGCCCUGUUUCAGAAGAAGAUGGCUUGCCCAGGAGCCCUCCAGAAAUCUCCAGCCUCCAUGAUAUUCUGACCUCUUCCACAGCUCAGGCUUCCAACCCCGUCCAGUGGCGCAGCUCUUUGAGUUUCGAGGAGACAGACGGUGAAGAUGAUCAGGUUGUUUCAGAAUCUCCUUCUAAGCAUCUCAGCACACACCCUCUGGGGAUCCCUGCCUCACCCCUCUGGCAGGUGCUUCCAGUUGAUUUCAAUACACCUGCUUCUCCCCUGGGGUGCCUGGACACCUCGGCAGCCAGGCACAGGAUUGCCAUGAACCCACGCAAGCAGAAGGGCUUUGCGAAGAAGACCCAUCAUCUUCCUGUGGAACAGGUGUUGCGGGAACAGCAUCUUCUGGAGCCUGAUGAAGAAAACACAAGCCACUCCAAGUUCCUUGAAGAAGCUGCUGGCCAGAAGACAGACUGGGAAGGCUUGCUGAGCCACGAUGCAGUGAAUUUAAAUGAAGAUUGGACGGACAAUGCGCCGCCUUUGACAAGAACCUCUGAAGCUUUGCCUUAUUCUUGCAGUGCUGGCCUACCUGUAGAUGGAGCUUGUGUCUUGCCAUCAGAGACCCAGAACUUGCUGGAGACUGAGCUCCAGGCUAGCAUCCCCAUGCCCUGUCCAAAUGUACCAUCUUCUCUCAUCAAGUACAAAGAAGGAGACAAGGUGGAAUACAAGGAGAUGAAAGGACCUCGGGCCCCCAUGGAUGAUCAAAAGCCACAGCAUGGUCCAGAAGUCACUGAGAACUCUGAAUCUUUUCAUUUGAAAACAAAAGCCAUGGGGGUCCACAGUGCAUCACCUUCUGCCUUGCUAGGGAAUAAUGUGGGGAAAGAACUUGAGGCGGAAGAGAUUCAGAUAGCCUGCUCACGACGAACAGAUGUCAGAGCAAAUGUUUCUAAACCUGCCAGGAACCGAGCCAGAGCAUGUGAUAGAUCUGUCUGUGGAGACAGCUCUGUUUCUCUGGAGGCAGAUCCUGCACUGUACGUUCCACAACCUCCUUCAUCUGUUCUGAAGGUUUCCUCAGAUGCCCCAAAGGACUUAGUGCACAAGAACAGCCUAACUGUCAAAGAAGGUGGAAGAGGGCCUUCAGAUAUGAAACUUGAGCUUUCUCAAGGCCCUGCAAAGCCAAUAGAUUCUUUUGAGGGAGCAUUGUCCACAUUGGAGGUUGAUCCUGAUAGACCUAUGCUUCUGAAUGCAGCGGGCAAGAAGCCAUACCUCCUACCUGAACUCAGUUGCUCUAUUCUGAACAGCAGUGUCAGAAAGCCAGAGGACAGCACUGUUGGAGAGUCGGGUAGUCUUUCUUCUGGAAGACCAUCCACUGUGGGAUCUACUGAGCUUGCUUCCAAAACCUGCCCUCCUGUCAGCACUCCUGCUGGAAUUCAGCUGGGAAAUGUCAUAACCAAGGAAGAAAGCAAAGCUAUGGAGGAGGUGAUCAAGACCCAGACAAAGUCCACUUCUGCUAAGCCAGUGAGAUUCACCAUUGCUCCAGCCUGGCAGAGAUCUCUCUCAGGAGGUUCAAGCUCUGUAGACAAUUCCUGCCCUAGAAAUUCGCCAACAUCUCCCAUAAGACCAGAGUUGUUUGAAGGGAUCUCUCCACUGGAUGCAGUGUCACAAAUAAGUAUCUUAAGCAGUCCUGAGAGACUUGACAGAAACGUGGCAGCCAACCUGAAUUCUUCCACUGAGGAACUGCCGAGCUGCGAGAGCCCAUUUGGAGUGAAGCUGAAGAGAACCUCUUCUUUGCUGAAGUACCAAACAGAACAUCAUCAGGACCUUCCCAAACUGCUUCCAUUGGCAGCUUCUCUACCAUCCUCUGUAAAAGUCGAAGCCAAGGAACCAAGUUCUGGAACCUCAGUUCAAAAUCUUACAAGUGGUGUUAAGGGUUUGGUUGCAAACUGCAGCAUCCAAGAGAAAAAUCUGCUCAAGGCCAAACCUGGAGAAGGAGGGACCAAACAGCAAGCAAUCAAACCUUCAGAACAAGUUCCAGUGGUGCUUUUGGGAAGCCCAUCCUUUCGGCCGGCUUGGGUCUCCGUGGCAAAACUGAAACAACAAGAGUUCCAGGGCAAUGCUUUUGUCAAAGGACAGAAAAAGAAUGAGGAAGCGAUAGCCCAGAUGGAAAAAGAGGAGGCAAAACUUACCGGCAUGUCUCCCCUGAAAAAGCAAGUAACCCUGACCGGCGACAGUUCUCCCAAGAAAAUUGGCCUUUACCAGCAUGUGCGCCUACUGGAGAGUAAAGUACAGUUGAAGUCAGCUGCAUUGGCUGCCAAAGAGGGACCUGCCAGAAUCCCCUCGCGGGAAGGUCCUCGGGUGGAAAAGGACACCAGAUCAGCACCAAUCCUUCCCGUGGCAUCCUGCAGCCCCGCUGAACCCCCCUGGUUGUCUUUGGCUAAGAAAAAGGCCAAAGCAUGGAGCGAAAUGCCCCAGACUGUUCAAUAGCGAAUUGAGAAACCUUCUCACGCCAGCAGCAGUAUUAAUAGCCGAAAGUUCACCGUGACUGUAUUUCUAGGCGUCUGAGAAAUGGAAGAGUUUCAGGGAAGAAACGGGAUGGCUUUUUCACUUCCGUAAUUCCCGAAAGGAGGCAUCUCUGCCUAACACGUGGCUUGACACUACCAUCCAAAGCCAUUCCCUGCUUGCCGUUCACUGAACCACAAUCCGGGCGGGUGAGCCGGCUCCUCGAGGAUUUUGCUGAGAUGGGCUGGGUGAAACCCGCCCCCCCGAACUGUUGCUUUCAAUUCCUUCCACACAUCACUGUUUCCGCAAGGCAGACUAGCUUGUGCUGGAAUCUCUGCCCUGGCCUACAGCCUGUUGUGCUGCGUAAGAAGUGCAGAGGAUCGAGACCAGUGGUUCUCAAAUUUGGCAACUUUAACUCCAGCUCCAAUUGGCUGGUUGGCUGGGGAAUUCUGGGAGUUGAAGUCCACCCAUCUUAAAGUUGCCAAGUCUGAAAAACACUGACAGAUGUGGAUCCUGGCUUGUAGUUCUCCUGCCAGCAAUGGUGAAGCUAUUUCUAUCUAUUCUCUGCCCAAGUCAAUAGAUUCUCUUAUUCCGGUGGUUUUCAGAUCAAGACAUUGGCUCUGGAAUUAAUCCUUCACUCUUGGAAUUAACCCAUUUCUCCCCUACCCCAUCUUGCCAUAACUCUUAAGUGAAAUCUCCUUUGGCUCUGCAAGAGAUCAGAAAGCAAUGCGUCCUUUUUAUUUUUGUCUGUUACUGUUGGGUUUUUUAUGCCAAUAAACAGUUGUUGAAUAGAA